AAUGAGCAGAAAUCAAUAAAAACAAUAACCAGCAGCUUAAACAACUUAAUAAGCUAAUAAAAGUUAAGUAUAAGCUCCAGCAGCAACAAGAGGAAAGUCUCCUGCUACAGCAGCAUCUUAAUAACCUGUAUAGGCAACUACAAAUGGUUUUGAUCCUUCAAAAUAUGUUAAACCAGGACUUAGCAAAGAAGAAGUUUUAAAGAUUAAGGAAUGCUUUGACAUUUUUGAUGAUGAUAAAAGUGGAUCUAUAUCGUAAUUGAAAUAAAUUAUUAAAGUCCAAAUGAAAUGAAGAAUGCCAUCAUUGCUUUAGGAAUGGAAUAAUCAGCUGAAGAGAUUGUCAAUAUGAUUUAAGAUCUUGAUUAAGAUGGAUCCAGUGUAAUUGAUUUUGAAGAAUUUCUAAAUAUUUUUGGAUUUUCAGGGUAUUAAAAAUAUAUUAAAGCAUUAUAGCACUAUUGAAGAUGAAUAAGUACUUGAGAAAUUAUAUUAAGAAUUUGAUUCCUCUGGAUAAAGUAAAGUUACUUACGAGGAUUUCAAAAGAAUAAAUGAUUUAGUAUCAGAAAGAUAUACAGAUUAAGAAUUAAGAGAAAUGGUUGAAUAUGCAGAUAAAGAUAAAGAUGGAUCAUUAAGUUGGGAUGAAUUCAAAGCUGUUGUUCAAAAAGAGUAUCCAAAUCAAGCAUGAUU